CACUUGGCUUGCCGCAGACACUUCCUUUGUUGAGUCGGGGAGGGAGAGGAGGCGGCAUUGGAGGACUUUUUAAAUAGAGGAGGUCAUUUAUCCCACACUUGCCUUGAAAAAAGAAUCUGGUAGAGGAGGAAGGUGGUCAACUGGUGCAGGUGGAGGCUGUUUGGAGAGGAAAGGAGGAUGAGGGGAGAGCUGAACUCAGUCGAUCCAGAAGCAAGAAAAGGCCCUGAUACCAAAGAGGCUGGGAGCAGAAGGGAGCUGAGGGAAGGAACCACACAGAAGAGCCUGGGAGAGGAUUUUCCCCCUUCAGAUGUGGAGCGCCAGCAAUUCCGGCACUUCUGUUACCAGGAGUCCGAAGGCCCCCGAAAGGUCUGCAGCCAACUCCACCGCCUUUGCCUCCAGUGGCUGAAGCCAGAAAGGCAUAGCAAGAAGGAGAUCCUGGACCUGGUGAUCCUGGAGCAGUUCCUGGCCAUCCUGCCCCCAGAGAUGGAGAGCUGGGUCAGGGAAUGUGGGCCGGAGAGCAGUUCCCAGGCGGUGGCCCUGGCAGAAGGGUUCCUCCUGAGCCACGCAGAGGACAAGAAUCCAGACCAGCGGGUGCAGGAAAACAUCGAGUGUUGCCCCGGAGCAGCUUUUCUGGACGAGGCCUUGAAACCAACAAUAAAUUCUUCGCCAAUUCUUUGCAGCAGAAAUAAAGCAACUUCCACGUGGCCAGAAUGGGUUCUGAUGACCUUCGAGGAUGUGUCUGUUCAUUUCAGUGACGAGGAGUGGUCUCUACUGGAUGUGGAAAAAAGAAGACUUCACAAGGAAGUCAUGGAGGACAAUUUUCAGAAUGUGGCCUUCCUGGGAGGACUUCUGGAGCCAGAAGAAAGCGAGAGAUCAGCAGAGGCUGGGAGUCCCAGGAGAAAACCUCAGAGAGAACUCUCAUUGGCAGGGGAACAGCAGAGAAGAAGCAAUGGGACAAAAGGAAAAAGAGGGGAGGAAUCAUUCCAUCAACAAAACCAUACAGGAGAGAAAAGACAUGAACAUGAGCACUGGCGAAAGAGAUUUGCUCAGAGUGGAGAACUUACUGUCCAUCGAGGAACCCAAGCAGGGGAGAAACUGUAUAAAUGCACCGAGUAUGGAAAGAGCUUUGUUCGGAAUGAAGAAUUUACUGUCCAUCAACAAAUACAUGCAGGGGAAAAACCAUAUAAAUGUGUGGAGUGUGGGAAGAGCUUUGUUCGAUGUCAACAGCUUACUGUCCAUAAACGAAUCCACACAGGGGAGAAACCAUAUACAUGCGUGGAGUGUGGGAAGAGCUUUACUCGGUGUCAACAGCUUACUGCCCAUCAACGAACCCACACAGGAGAGAAACCAUAUAAAUGCAUGGAGUGUGGGAAGAGCUUUGCACGGAAUACACACCUUAAACUCCAUCGACGAAUCCACACAGGGGAGAAGCCAUAUAAAUGUGUAGAUUGUGGGAAGAGCUUUGCUGACAAGUCACAUUUUAAUGUCCAUCGACGAAUCCACACAGGGGAGAAACCAUAUAAAUGUAUGGAGUGUGGAAAGACCUUUGGUCAGAAGCUACAGCUUACUGUUCAUAACCGAAUCCACACAGGUGAGAAACGAUAUACAUGUGUGGAGUGUGGGAAGAGUUUUAUUCAUAGUAAACAGCUUACUGUCCAUCGACGAAUCCAUAUAGGGGAAGAACCAUAUAAAUGUGAGGAAUGUGGGAAGACGUUUGCUCGGAAGUCAAAGCUUAUUGUCCAUCAACGAAUCCACACAGGGGAGAAGCCAUAUAAAUGUGUAGAGUGUGGGAAGAGCUUUUCUGACAAUUCAUAUCUUACUGACCAUCGACGAACCCACACAGGGGAGAAACCAUAUAAAUGCAUGGAGUGUGGGAAGAGCUUUUCUCAGAGGGCUCAACGUUCUGUCCAUCGACGAAUCCACAGUGGAGAGAAACCAUAUAACUAUAGGGAGAGUAGGAAGACCUUUGCUAAGAGUACACAACUGAAGGACCAUCUACAAAUCCAGACAGCGGAGAAACCAUAUAAAUGUGUGGAGUGUGGGAAGAUGUUGGCUCAGAGUACAGCACUUAAUGUCCAUCAGCGAAUGCACACAGGGGAGAAACCAUAUCACUGUGUGGAGUGUGGGAAGAGCUUUGCUCGGAAGCCACAUCUUAUUGUCCAUCAAUGA